AUGAGUGGAAACGAUCUGCGCUCUCCAACGCCGGGACUUUUUAGCAUCAGCGAGCAUUCUGCGACUCUUCACCCUCCAGACGAAGCGACCCCCGCCGACGCGACAUCAUCCAUCAAUGAGUCUACUGACGACGAUGACAGGGCACCACUCGUCAAUCCAGGUCUCAGCAGCACCAAGACCCCACAACCUGCUCCCGACAGCAUUGACGGUUACUUCACUCCGCUCGGCCACGCCUCCCCACAAAUCCCCCGGCCAUCUGCCCCCCCGCGACGACAGAGCCUCCUACCGGACAGGCAGACAACUCUGAUCCAGACGUUGCUGCAUUCUGAACAGGCUGACGAGCUCGGCCUUUCGGGCAGCGACCAUCUGCUGCCAAUCAACGCGUCGAUGAUGACGCGGAAGAUUUGGGUUAAGCGGCCCAGCGCCUCGGCGACCCUCGUCACCAUCAACGAAGACGACCUGGUGGACGACGUGAGGGACAUGAUCCUCCGCAAAUACGCAAACUCCCUCGGCCGUCAAUUCGAUGCUCCAGACAUCACACUACGUAUCGUUCCUCGGGAGCAGAGGCAGGAGCGCGCUUUAGCUCCAGACGAGCCAAUGGGACGAACUCUCGAUGCGUAUUUCCCCGGAGGUCAGACGGUGGACGAGGCAUUGAUCAUCGACAUUCCUUUGCGACGUACACCGAGAGCAUCACCCCGAGGUGGCCCUCCCGGGGCGGGCCAAAUGGCCUCGUUCUACUAUGACGAUCUCCGACCAGUCGAUCCAGGCACUGACUACUUUGGCCCCGGCGCCGUCGCCCAGCUGCCCGUCACACUGACAGCACCGUCUGGCGGCUCAGGCCAUUCCCACAGCAUCUCAAUACUAAACACUGGCCAGAUCCCACAGAUACCCUCCCCAGGUGGCACGAGGUCACGGCCGUACCGCGAGCGCGACCGGCCUCAGCUCGGGCGACACAACACGGCCUCACCGACCGUUCUCAGCAUCGGCGGCGCCACGAUAACGGUGGCCGCCGGCCACGGUACGCAGCCGGCCUACUUCCGGGCACCCCGUCCACGAACUCACUCCAGUGCCUCGACAGACCACCCCCCAGGCGUCGGCAUCACGGCAUCCCCCAUGCCCACGCCCCCCGGCGCCGAUGGCAUGCCCAUGUCCGCGAUGCAGCGCGCCUCGACGCCGCCGCCGCGUGGCGCGUCGCCGCGGCCGAACGCGAACCCCAGGUCCAAGAAGAAGAAGAUGAUGGAGCCGCCCAGCCUGCCGGCGGGGAUGCUCAACGGCGGCGUGCCGCCCAUCAACGUGCUGAUAGUGGAGGACAACAUCAUCAACCUCAAGCUGCUCGAGGCCUUUGUCAAGCGGCUCAAGGUGCGGUGGCAGACGGCCAUGAACGGGCGCGAGGCGGUCAACAAGUGGCGCGCCGGCGGCUUCCACCUCGUCCUGAUGGACAUCCAGCUUCCCGUUAUGAGCGGGCUGGACGCCACCAGGGAGAUCAGGCGGCUGGAGCGCAUCAACUCGAUCGGCGUCUUCUCGUCGGGCGCCAGCAACCCGCCCGAGGAGGCCGCGACCGGCGAGCCCGCCGAGGAGGACAGACUGGUCAACAAGGAGAUGCUCAAGAGCCCCGUCAUCAUCGUCGCCCUGACCGCCAGCUCGCUGCAGAGCGACAGGCACGAGGCCCUGGCCGCCGGGUGUAACGAUUUCCUGACAAAGCCCGUCAAUUUCGUCUGGCUCGAGCGCAAGGUCAUGGAGUGGGGCUGCAUGCAGGCCCUGAUCGACUUUGACGGCUGGAGGAAGUGGAAGGACUUCUCCCAGCAGGACGAAGACAUUUCGGCGUCCAAGAAGGCCUUGGCCAAGGCCAAGACCAAGAAGAACCGCCAGUCCCUCUCGUUCACGUCGUGA